AUGAGCCGGGCGCGGCUCCGCCUCCUUGUCAUAACCUUAUACCUGGUGCGCGCGCGCGACUGCCGCCGCUCUCCACCGCCCGCCGCCACCGCCCGGAGGCUCGCGGCUCGCGCUCAGUCCCGCGUCAGAUGGCGAGAGGCGAGCCCCGCUGCCACACACCACCUACCAUCGACGGACCACCGACCACCGGCCACCGACCAUGCCGCGCGUCAAGCCAGCCUGCGUCCGACGCGUCUCCAUCGGUACAUAUCCAUCAGCUCGAUCACCAACCGACACACGACCGUACAUAGGAUCUGUGAUAGCUCGGGAUCCUGUUCAGAAGAGGAUAUAAAUAAUGUGUUACCCGAUGACGGGAGAGAUCGGCCAGAGACUCAUAUGUGCCCUCGCUGUCAUGAACAGUUCGAGAACCUACACGACUUCUUGUAUCACAAGAGGGUUUGUGAUGAAAAAGCAAUACAAAUGGGUGAAGAAAGAAUGCACUCUGACCCCGAGGAUAUGGUAGUAUCGGGGGAUGAAGAAAUGGAUGGACCCAAUAAGAGGUUAGAUCAAGUAAGAAGGCAUCGGCAGGAUGCCGAAAAUAAUAACAGCCUAGAGGAUGGUGAAGCUGAAGUACCUGAAGCCGACAUGCCCCCAGUAGGCCUUUCCUUCCCCGUAGCAGGCCAUGUUACUCUUGAAGCUCUUCAGAAUACAAAAGUAGCUGUUGCUCAAUUCGCUGCGACGGCAAUGGCUAAUAAUGCGAAUAAUGAAGCCGCUUUACAUGAACUUGCCGUGUUACAAAGUACGCUAUUUACUCUACAGCAUCAACAAGUAUUUCAACUUCAGUUAAUACGCCAACUACAAAAUCAAUUAUCAUUAACACGACGGAAAGAGGAUCAACCUUCAAGCCCGCCUCCGAGCGAAAUUGAACAAAACGCUCCGUCAACGCCAGCUCGAUCGCCUUCACCACCGCGUCCGCCACGGGAGCCAUCUCCUGCUGAACCCACUCAUCCUACUAGCCAAAAUUUGCCGUCAACCCACACAAAUCUUACGCCCAAAACGGAACCUAUCUCUAUUCCCAAGCUUCCGACUUCAUCGCCACCAAUGAUGUCCCACCCACCUUACAGCUCCAUAUCUUCCUCUCUAGCAUCUUCAAUCAUUACAAACAACGAUCCUCCGCCAUCUCUUAAUGAACCAAACACUCUUGAAAUGCUUCAAAAACGUGCACAAGAAGUACUAGAUAACGCAUCACAAGGCCUUCUCGCUAAUAAUCUUGCCGAUGAACUAGCUUUUAGAAAAUCUGGAAAAAUGUCACCUUAUGACGGAAAAACAGGUGGACGAAACGAACCAUUCUUCAAACAUCGCUGUCGAUAUUGUGGAAAAGUUUUCGGAAGUGACUCAGCGCUUCAGAUUCAUAUAAGAUCUCAUACCGGCGAAAGACCAUUUAAAUGUAACGUUUGUGGAUCUCGCUUUACAACCAAAGGAAACCUUAAAGUACAUUUCCAAAGACAUACUUCUAAAUUUCCACAUGUAAAGAUGAAUCCCAAUCCUGUACCCGAACAUUUAGACAAGUAUCAUCCUCCACUACUAGCGCAACUAUCACCGGGGCCAAUACCGGGAAUGCCACCCCAUCCACUUCAGUUUAAUCCAGGUGCGCCAGCACCUUUUCCACCAAGCUUGCCAUUAUAUAGGCCACCACACCAUGAUUUACUUCCACCUCGACCUCUUGGAGAUAAACCUCUUUCACAUCAUCCACUUUUCGCUAUGCGAGAAGAACAAGACGUACCAGCAGAUCUCAGCAAACCAUCUGCACCAAGUCCUACUCAACCUGCAUCUGAGGUUUUUAAAUCCGAACCGCAAGAUGAAGAAAGCCAACGUGACUCUAGCUUUGACGAGUCUGACCGUAUAUCACCUAAAAGAGAACCUGAAGAAAACGAUGCUGGACAAGAUCAAGAACAAGAUCGAUAUCCAUCAACAUCGCCCUAUGAUGACUGCAGCAUGGAUUCAAAAUACAGCAACGAAGACCAAAUCGGCAGAGAAAGUCCACAAGUGAAGGCUGAUCCAGACCAACCGGAAAAUCUUUCAAGUAAGAAUUCUACGAUAUCUGGACCAAUUUCAAUAGCAACGGGACUUCGUACUUAUCCUUCUUAUCCAUUGUUUCCACAAUCCCCACCUAGCAGCGUAUCUUCUGAGAGUCUUACUCCGUUUUCAAAUAAUCCUGUCCUUGGAGACACCGAUGUAACACGAGACCCCAUAUUUUAUAAUUCGCUCUUACCGCGUCCAGGUAGUAACGAUAAUUCUUGGGAAAGUUUAAUAGAAAUCACAAAAACAUCUGAAACCUCGAAAUUACAGCAACUAGUUGAUAAUAUUGAUAACAAAGUAUCUGAGCCUAAUGAAUGCAUAGUUUGUCAUCGUGUUCUAUCUUGUAAAAGUGCUUUACAAAUGCACUACCGCACACAUACUGGUGAGCGCCCAUUUCGAUGUAAAUUAUGCGGUCGUGCUUUUACCACAAAAGGUAAUUUGAAGACACAUAUGGGUGUACACCGCAUAAAACCUCCCUCACAAUUAUUGCAUCAAUGUCCCGUGUGCCAUAAAAAGUUUACAGAUCCUUCUAUGUUACAUCAACAUAUCAGAAUUCAUACGGGUGAACGACUCAAUAACCCUUUCAAUGAAGUUAACGAUAACACCGCGAAUAGUUGUCAGUCUUAUAACAACGAAUCGGACAUUACAGACUGUUCUUAUCGUCCCAUUCCGCCUCCAAUUUUUCCUACACCUUCCACUCCCGGCGACCGAAGGGCGGACUCCCGCGGGACCGACGAUGAGAGCGGCAGAGAUUCUCGGGAGUUCGAUGAGGACUCAGAUAUAAAAAAUCGUCGAGCUUCGCCGCUCUCCGUCUGCGCCUCGGCGUCCGAAUGCGAAGUAAAAACCAUCACCACAACGGCUUCCCUCCCAUCGGCGACAGGUUCGGAGAGCGGGCGCAGUGCACGGGCCUCCCCGCCGUCGCCGUCUCCGUCGGUGCUGUCGACGCCCCCGCGGCUGCCGCAGCACUCGCCGCUGCCUUCGCCGCCGACCCCGCUGGCCGCGCUCGGUGCUCUCGGUGGACCUUUCAGCCCGCUCGGACUCGCUUUCCCUCCCGCAGUGCGCGGAAAUACAACAUGUACUAUCUGCUACAAGACUUUCGCCUGCAAUUCGGCGUUGGAAAUCCAUUACCGCAGUCACACUAAAGAGCGACCAUUCAAAUGCACCGUCUGCGACAGAGGCUUCUCUACUAAGAGCAGUGGCGGCGGUUGCCGGUGUAGGCGCCCACGCGCACCCCGCCCGCCGCACGCCACUGCUUUGGACCUCUGGAACGCCUUCGUCUACCCGGGAAACAUGAAACAGCACAUGUUGACGCACAAGAUACGUGACAUGCCGCCUGGUUUCGAGAAGAGCGUAAGUGGACCGACUGGUCCGCCGAGUGAAGAAGGUCGGGAACCAAGUCCAGACAGACGAUCGUCUCCUGAGAAGAUCGAUUUGAAACGAUCACCCCCCGCCUUACCCCCUGUCUCUAUAGCGCACCCACCCCCCAUUGAUAUGCCACCACUGCCUAAAAGACCUACAGUACCGAUAGUACCAAAUCAUCCGCCACCAUCUCAGUCAUCGAAGCACCUCUGCGGAGUUUGCCGCAAAAACUUCUCAUCAUCAUCGGCUUUACAAAUCCACAUGCGCACGCACACCGGAGACAAACCCUUCCGAUGCGCUGUUUGCCAAAAAGCUUUUACCACCAAAGGAAACCUUAAGGUCCAUAUGGGCACACACAUGUGGAGUGGAGGUGCGUCUCGUCGCGGCCGUCGCAUGUCUCUGGAACUGCCCCCACGACCGCUACAUGAGCCCCACGACCUUCUCCGGCGACCCGAUCUCUUCUACCCCUACUUGCCUGCGCCAUUCCUCAAUGGCAUGCAACAAAAACUGAACGAGAUAUCAGUAAUACAACAGCAAAAUGCCGGACAGAAUGGCGUAGCUGGUAAAUUCCCGGGACUCCUUGGUUUCGGAGCUUUUGGAGCUGGUAGACCGGGUGCCGCCUCCCCUCUCGAGAGGCCACCGUCACUCGAUGGUGAUGAACGUCAGGCAGCGAUGAGGGAACUCGCAGAGAGAGGCAGGGAGCUAGCUGAGAGGAGCCGACAGAUGCGUGAGGAAAGUGAACGGGAGCACUACAGAUCCGCUGGCGGUCACCCAGCGCAUGCGCCGCCGACAGCACAGGCUUCUCCCCCAGCACCACAUAAUCUACCGCAUCCCCUGGCAUCAAUACCGCCGCCCGCGCGCACCGAAGGUCUCACAGUUUAA